UUUUAUUGCUGGUGACGUCAACAAUAUGGAGACCCUCUAAAAAAAAAGAAAGGCGGGGGAUUGUUGCUCCCAUCAAGUUUAAAAUUACGAAGUAGUCUACUACUACUACUACGCAACUUCUUUUCAGCUCAAUUUUCUGUGGAAAAUGCCGACAGAAUUGGAAGAGCUUGUUGAGUUCCUCCACCAUGGCAACACACAGAUACGGCAAAUUGCAUGUGAAAAUCUUGUCGGCUUCUCGACAGCCCAGCCGAAUUUAUUUAAACGUCACCAGCUCUUACCUGUACGAGACUUGAAACUUUUGGUUCGCGAUUAUACACCCAUUUCGAAGAAUGCCCUGACGAUUUUGAUCAAUCUAUCCGCUGAUCAGGAGGUGUUGGCUAAUCUCACUGAAGAUGAUGUAUUUCUUGAAACGCUGCUGGCUAAAUUAACUAAUGUUAAGGAACCAAAUGCGGACGAAAUAUCCAUGCUGCUUGCGAAUCUCGCAAAAUCGGAUAAAUUAGAGAAACUGUUGACUCUAAAACGAAAAAUCCCGGAAGCUGUGUCGACUUCUCCGAAGGCAAUCGAUCAGUUGAUGGAUUGCUUCGUGAAAGGCGCCGAGGGUUCUCUAAACAAACAUGCUAAUUAUGAUUACCUGUCCUACCUCUUUGCUGAUCUUUCGAGGUCAGAUCAAGGCCGGCAGUAUUUUACUUCUAGACAGGAUUAUGACGGUGUUGUCCCUAUAACAAAACUGACCGUCUUCACGGAGCAUGAAAGUGUCAUUCGCAGAAAGGGAGUGGCUUCCACGAUAAAGAAUGUUGCGUUUGACAUCCCAUCUCAUCCGAUGCUCUUCUCUGACGAUGAAGCAAACCUUCUCCCUUAUAUACUGUUACCAAUUACUGGACCAGAAGAGUUUUCAGAGGAAGAGGCAAUGGAAAUGCUGCCAGAUCUCCAACUGCUGCCACCGGAUAAAAAGCGAGAGAGCGACAACAGUAUCGUCGUGACACACCUGGAAACACUACUUUUAUUGACAACUACGCGUGAGGGACGGGAUCGAAUGAGGGCGGUUAAAGUGUAUCCAAUAAUCCGGGAGUGCCACCUCCAUGUCGACGACGAUGACGUUCGGGAAGCCUGUGAUAGAAUCGUCCAGGUCCUAUUGCGAGAUGAAGAAGGUGAAGGAACGGGAGAAGCAGCAGCCCUCCUUGACGCCAAAGCACAAGCAGAGGCGGGGACACAGCAGGACCAGGAUGAGGACCAGAAAGUCCUGGAGCUGUUCUGAAUUGAUAUCAGAGACUAGUCCUCUGCAGUUAGUUUUCUUCAUAUCCAUUCUUGAAGUACCGUUUGCAUCUGGCACGCCCAACAUAGUAGGGAAAA